UGCUUAAAGAUAACACUUUUAAAUUCUACCUUUACAGGAAAAUGCUGGAAGCUGCCUUGCUACAGUGCUGUAUCGGAGGACAAAGUCUCCACCCGUUGUCAACAUCAAGUGCAUGCAGACCAAGGACCAGAAACAAAUCCAGGAAGAGGACAACAGACUUUACCAAAAAAUUAGGCACCAAACUAAACCAAUCAUUGGGAACAAUAUUCCAGACAGCUAUGGCCACAUUGAACCUGCCCUGGAGCCAGCGUGGGCUCUGGCUGUCACUGGCAGCAGUUACAUGAUGUGGGAAAAGUCAACAGAGAGCCUGGGUUACUUCCUGGCACAAGUGAAGUCCGUGAAGCAGUGGAUAAGAAAAGAUGAUUUUAUUGAGUUUGACUACACUGUCCUACUUCAUGAAGUUCCAACACAGGAAAUUAUUUCAUGUCACAUGCGCCUCACUUGGCUCCCGGGUCACCCUCUGAAAGUGAAAUACUUCUGUGCUUCAGAGAAUCAGGGGCUUGAAGAUGGAUCCGGAAUGGAAUCUGGAUCAGCUGCUGGGAUUUUACACGGAAGAGGAGCAAAUUUUUAAGAGAUUUUCGCCUUUAUGUAUAAGUAUUAAAUGAGAAAAUCCUUGUGUUAAUAGACCUGGAGUUGUGAUAAUUUUUCUGUACAAGUCGAACAGUGAAUUUGAAUGCUUUCACUAGUCUGUUCUCUUGCAAAAUUAACUCCUGUAAUUUCUUAAACGGCAAGACUCACCUCCUGGAGUUCUACCUAAACACUUUGCUACGACAUAUAUACACAGAUAAGCACACGCAAGUUGAUUUUAUGUCACUAACUUAGAGUAACAUUGUUUGUAAACAAAGUUAAUAUAUUUGGAUAAAAAUAUCGAGAAAAGUA